AAAUUAGGCUGCCGCCCAUGUGUAUAGAAUCUUGCCAUGAUCGUACUGGUAAUUAAACUAGCCCUGGUCGCUGGCACUUUCUAUAUAACGAAAGAGAUGGGCGUUUGGUCCAAUCCUGACAGAACUAGCAUGUUAUACGAAGAUGCCAAGUGUCAGCUAAAGCCCUAUACAGAUAAUCUGAUGCGAAGGUAUUGUUGCUGGGAUUGCGAGCCUUGCAUUGAGAAGGAACCCAAGCCAUGGCGCGAGUCUUGGGUAGAUGCUUGGAACGAUACCAUUAGGAAGUGCUUUGAUGCCCUCGAGCGUACACCCCACUAUUGUCAACGGUUCACCGACGACGUGCAAAGGACCAUUGACAAUUUGAUUCACGGCGAUACAAAAGAGUAGGCGCGGCAGAGGUGUCAAAAUUCUAGUAUAUUUUCGAUUUUUCACACGAGAGCCCCGCAGAAAAUGUCGGUCUAAAUUUUUACCAAUCAAUUAAACAGUCAAUCCGUUUAAGCCAACACAUUCAUUUAAUAAAGACAUAAUACAUAGGUUCAA